AUGAAUUUCUUAUCAAAAAAAACAAAAGAACUUCAAGAACUUAUCAAUAAACUAAAAGAUGAAAAUGAACUCUUGUUAAAAGAAAAUGAUGAAUGUGAAAAAACAAAUCUCAAUAAUCAACAAAUCAUUAAUGAAAACAAAAACUUGAAAGAACAAAACUUUGAAAAUAAAAUAUCAGAAACAAUGAUAGAAAUACAUAGUGCGAGUAGA